AUUUGAAGACAUUACACCUCUCAAGAUCUCAGCAGAUAAUUAUUUAAAAACUCCACAAAAAGCUAGUGAUGUGCAAAACAAACCCUUAUUAAAGCUUCAGAUAAACUGAACCAAUUGCUUCACAAAAUUAUUCAAUUUUGAAGCACUUGAAACACCACAGGCAGUUUAAACAUUAAAGUGCAUGCAGCUAAAAACAGAAAUGCAGAACAUUAAUAAAUACAGUCAUAUAACGGUAUAAUGAGAGCAGUAUUGUAAAAAAAUAAAAUAAAAUAGUUAAAAAUGUUGGUCAAUUGUUAGGGUUUCACUGACGUUUUUGUUAUUUUAUUAAUCAAAACAUAAAACAUUAUUUACCCUGUUUGUAUCUGUGAGGCAUCCGUUGCACAUUUUCCCUGUGCGUUAACGUCAGUAAUUAUGGAAGUGGAUUGUCUGACUCGACUCAAUGUAUUUUCCCCCAUCCCCAAACUAUCAGUCGAAUAUCAGCAAGAUUCAAAAAAUCUGAUUCGGCUAUCAAAAUCCUUAGCCAGGCACACCCCUGUUGUUAUCAUAAAGACAUGAAUGUUUCAUAUUGUAUGUACAUUUAUUUGCUCUAUUACUGAGUUCAUCAUCUUUUCAAACAGUGUAAAAAAUUUUUUUUUCUGUUUUAACAUUACAGAGGAAAAAAUGAGUAAUUUAAAUCAAUCAGACAAAAUAAAAAAGAUCAUCGAAACUCAUGUGAAAAAAUAUAAUUCUGCUCGAUACCGUCUGAGGACAGAAGAUUCAGAUAAAUCUAAACCAUACAGAAAAAUAACCUUUGGAGAGAGAGACAAAGACAAACCUCAUAAAACCAUUCUGAUGGUGGGAGAAACAGGAACAGGAAAAACUAAACUAAUCAACAUGGUGAUCAACUACAUGUUAGGUGUGAAGAGAGAAGACAAGGUUUGGUUUGAGAUCACAGAUGAUCAGAGCAGCCGAACACAAGUUCACAGUCAGACCUCCAGCGUCACUGUUUAUGAGUUUAAUCCACAAGAGAGUCUAAUCCAUUUAACAAUCAUCGACACUCCAGGAUAUGGAGACACACGUGGAGUUGAGAAAGAUCAAGAGAUCACUGAAGGUUUGCUCAUGUUAAGUAAAUCUGCAGACGAGAUUCAUGAAAUAGAUGCAGUGUGUCUGGUGAUUAAAUCAACACAAAAUCGACUCUCUGACAGACAAAUCUACAUAUUUGAUGCUGUUCAGUCUUUAUUUGGAAGAGAUAUUGCUGAAAACAUUGUCUUGCUCUUCACACAUUCAACCGGAGCUCAUCCUAGAAAUGCCCUGACGGCUGUUAAAGAAGCUAAAAUCAAGUGUGCAGUGAAAGACAAGAAUCAGCCAGUGUACUUCCUGUUUAACAACUGUCAGGCAGACACUGAUGAUGAAGAAGAUGAUGAAGAUACUGAAGAACAUGAACAGAGGCUGGGUCUAUCAUGGAAUCGCAGCUUUAAAGGAAUGGAAGGAUUGUUUAAGAUUCUUGAAACAAUGAAGCCAAAAUCCUUGAAGAUGACUCGAGAUGUGCUGCAGAAACGGAAGCAGCUGCAGGCAAAAAUCUCCAAUCUAACAGAACGUGUUAAAAUGAUGGAAACAAAUAAAAAUAAGCUGAAACACACUCAAGAAGCUCUGGAGCAGAACAAGAAAUGUGUCAAAGAAAACAAGAACUUUGAGAUUGUAUCUGAAGUGCCCGACAGAGAGAUGGUUGAUAUUGAUCGUUCUGUAGCCAGCAUGGCAUUGUGCUGCACCGAAUGCAAGGAGAACUGUCAUUAUCCAGGAUGCUGGUGGGCCAGUAAUGUCAAAUGGUGCAGUAUGAUAGAAGAUGAUCACUGUACAGUGUGCACUAAGAAAUGCCACUACAGCAAACAUGUCAAAGCAGCAAAAAUAUAUGUAUCAAAGACAAAGAAGGAGAAGACAACAUUAGAAGAUUUAAAGAAGCAAUAUGAUAGUAAGAUUACUGAUGGUGAGACUUUGGCUAAGAAGCUGGAAGAAGAACUGCAAGAAUUAGAGGAAGAGAAAAAAAUGCUUUUGGAUGAAGCUUUCGACUGUGUGGUAAAUCUGCAGAAGAUCGCACUCAAGACUGAUUCUGUGUCCACAUUUCAGCACAUUGAUUUUCUGAUUGAGAAGUUGAUGGAAAUAAAUGAGUUUGAAAAGGCCAAAACUCUGGAAAACAUGAAGAAGUAAAGCAUGGAGCACUGGAUUACUUAAAAAAAAGAAAAGAAAAAGAAACUCAAAUAAUGCCUGAGCUCAAAUCACGCUGAAAGUCUGAAAACAGUAUAUUGAAAAUAUUUAUGCUUCUUUCAAUAGCAUGAAAAUCAUGUGAUGUAAAGCUAGAGUAUCAGUGAUUGCAAUGUUUUAUGAAUCUAGCAUUGUUUGGUCAUCACACUUUUCCCUUGUUUAUAUAAGUGGCUUUGAAUAAACUGCAUCUGCUAAAUGAACUGAUGCCAAAUUCUGCAGUGAUUACUGUAAUGAAUUGACAGCAGCACAAUGUAAACAGCUUCUACUAUGUGAUACUGUUUAAAAUAAAGCAACAAUAUUGUAAAAGCAACAAAUAGCCAGGAUAUUGUUAUGUGUCAUAAAACGAUAUGCAUGUAAUCAUGGUUACUCAGAGGCUCUUUAGAGAUAGUUUUAACUGUAUUAUUAAGCGCUGCCAUCUAGAGAACAUAUGAGAAAAUGUUGUGUUCGAUCCUAAAGGUGAAAAACAUGAGACAUUUAAUGUACUAUGAUUAUGAAAGCUGUGCUAUACUGUAAAUCUGGACACUGCUGUUCAGUGUCUGUGUGAUUUCUGUGCCUCACAU